AUGGCCGAUCACAUGGUGGACUCUGGCCCUCCGGCCAAGAGGGCAAAAGUCACCGACUCCUCGAUGGGAGCUCCAUCUGGCUUUACAGAUUUCAGUCAGCUCCUCGAUCUUGAGGCUGAACUCCCGGAAGAGUUGAUGACUGGAGGAGGUGGUAUGGGUCAUCAGAAUGGAACGCAGAACGGUCUUCCAGGAGCUACUCAAAUGGCCAACGGAGGCGGUCCAAAUGAUCCGAAUGGUUCCUCUGUAGGGGUGUCAACUUCCCAAAACUCACAAUUGUCUCAGAUGUUGAGCCAGCCACCCCAACAGUCUCAACAGCCUAACGUACUCCACCAGAAUCACCAACAUCUGACGCAGCUCCUACAGAACAAAACCUCUCAAAGCAAUGUUGUCAACACCUCGCUCGGUCAAAUGUUGGCGCAAGGAGUCAACAAAACUAUCUUAGUGAGCAACAACGGACCUACGGCGAAUUUGCGCGGCCCUGGACAGCCGAUGAGCCGAUUUGCGGGACAGCCGCCCCAUUACGGGCCAGGAUUGAUGUCGAUCGCACAGCAGACGCCUAUGCAGGCUCAGCAACAACCGAGAUAUCAAAUAAUGAACGAGAUCUCUGCGAGCCAUAAUCAAGGAGGGCCGAUCGGUGGUCACAUGGUUCAAGGCAACCAAACUGGUGGACUCGGAGUCGGUGUCGGUGCUCAAGCUAUCAUUGGACAGGGUCCGAUGUCCAGUGGACCGAUUCAGCAGACGAUGAUCAACCAGAACCCAGGCCCUCAACAAGGGAAUCCGGGGCAGCAACAGCAGCAACAGCAGCAGCAAUCUACCCUGAUGAAUCCGGCGUUGAACCCGGGCGCAGGACCCGUUGGCGCUGUAGGGGGACUUGUGAGCAAUGGACCGGUCGGCGGUGGCCAACCAGGACAACCAGGAGCCGAUCCAGAGAAGCGGAAGUUGAUUCAACAGCAACUAGUGCUUCUGCUACACGCCCACAAGUGCCAACGGAGAGAGCAAGCGAAUGUCCAUAACGGAAACGGAGAACAGCAGAGGCUUUGUGAAGUCCCGCACUGCCGAACCAUGAAAAACGUCCUGAACCAUAUGUCGCUGUGUCACGAGGGCAGAGCCUGCCAGGUUUCUCACUGUUCAUCGUCUCGACAAAUCAUAUCCCAUUGGAAGAACUGCACGAGGAAUGAUUGUUCGGUCUGUCUUCCAUUGAAGCAGGCUGGAACGGGACAGCGGCAGGCGGGCGGCCAAGCUGUCGCGCAGGGCGGCGCGGGACCUUCGAACUUGUUGCAGGCUCCUCCCAAUCAAAAUCAGCAGGCUGCAGUUCAACAGCAGCAGCAGCAGCUGCAGACGCAAUCUCACAUCGGACAGCCCGGUCCUCAGCAAGGAGGUGGGAAGCCAGGAGUCCAGAGCGGUCCGAACACUGUCUCUCUUCCGAUCAUGGCCGGAGCUCCGAACGCUCAACAGGGUCUAGCCGGCCAGCAGCAACAGGCGCAGCAGAAUGCUGGAAUGGACGCCUCGCAAAGCAUGGUUCAACAACAGCAACAGCAGCAGCAGCAACAACAGCAGCAGCAGCAGCAACAACAGCAACAGCAGCAGCAGCAACAACAGCAGCAGCAGCAACAACAGCAACAACAGCAGCAACAGCCGCAGCACCCUGGAGUAGUUGACUUGCAAAGAGCGUACGCUGCACUUGGACUUCCAUCAGGCAAGCCGUCUGGACCUAGGGAAUGGCACCAUUCGGUCACCAGAGAUUUACGUCAACACCUCGUCCAAAAAAUAGUCCAAGCCAUAUUCCCUACGCCCGAUCCUUCAGCGAUGCAGGAUCGUCGCAUGGCGAAUCUUGUAGCGUACGCCAAAAAAGUCGAGGGAGACAUGUUCGAGCAGGCGAACUCCAGGGAAGCCUACUAUCACUUGCUAGCUGAGAAAAUUUACAAGAUUCAGAAAGAGUUGGAGGAAAAGCGGCAGAAGCGUAAGGAGCAGCAGCAGCAGCAACAGCAGCAGUUGAUACCAGGUGGUCAGAAUCAACAGCCGGCUCAGCAAGCCUCUCAGGCACAGCCGCACCAAGCUCAGCAAGCAUCCCAACAACAGCAGCAGGCUCCGGCAGCCGCUGCAGGAAUGAACCAACCCGGAAUGAGGAUGACCGGGAUUCCACCGACGCAAAUCGGUCCCAGACAACCACCACCGCCGAAUGUGACAAUUAACAUGAAUGGCCCACCAUUCCAAGGACAAGGCAUGCCCAACUCUAUCGGCCAACAAAGUAACAACAAUAAUAGCUCGAACAAUAAUAACAAUAAUGGCCUCAUGACCUCGAAUCAGCAACAAAUCCCUCAGCCUGGCCAGACCCAGCAGCAGCUCAAUGAUUUCAACCAAACGCAGGCGCAAUUCGAACAGGUUAUGAAGCAGCGCCAGAUUCAGCAGAACCAAACGCAGCAACCGGCCAACGGAAGUCAAAACGGUCAGCUCGGACCCGGCAAUCAGAACAUGUCAUCCUUGAUCCCGCAAAGAACGGCGGGACUGGGCGGUGGCCUUUUAAACCUUCAACAGCCCCCAAAUCAACUCCCCGAUGCUAUUCUGGCAACCGAGGAGCCGGCCGAUCUCGAAACGAAGCCCGUGGUCGAUUCGAAUGUUCUGGCGAAUCAACUCUCAACGGGACUCAAACAGGAAACUCAACAGAACCAGAAUAAUAUGAACAGUAGUCUCGGCGGAAGCAUCAUGUCAGUUGGACCCCCGCCGUCGAUAUCGGCGCCUGACAGCGUCGCCAGCAUAAAGCAGGAACCGCCGAGCUCUGUGCCGGACCACAACCCGGCGUCAGUUGGAGGAAAAAUGACCUCAGCCCUCAAACAGGAGGCUCUCGAUUUCGACACGCGGCCUUCCUCUGUCAAACAGGAGGCCCCGAGCAGUGUCCAACCGUUGGAGAACCGAGAGAACGGUGAUGUGAAAGUUGAAGCGAAGGACGAGAAGCCGUCAGUUGAUGGAGCUUCGGCGUCCAAACCCCCUGUCAGCAAAGUUCCGAAGAAAACCUUCAAACCCGACGAACUCCGGCAGGCCCUCAUGCCCUCUUUAGAGAAGCUCUUCAGAUACGAUCCUGAGAGUCUUCCAUUCCGUCAGCCCGUAGAUCCAGAAGCUUUUCAAAUACCCGACUACUUCGACAUCGUCAAGAAACCCAUGGACCUUUCGACCAUCAAGAAGAAGUUAGAUACCGGUCAAUAUAAAGAUCCGUGGGAGUACUGUGACGACGUCUGGCUUAUGUUCGACAACGCUUGGUUAUACAAUCGUAAAACAUCACGAGUUUACAAGUACUGCACCAAGCUCGCGGAGGUCUUUGAAGCAGAAAUCGACCCCGUCAUGGUCAGCCUAGGCUUCUGCUGCGGCAGGAAGUACGUUUACCAACCGCAAACUCUCUGCUGUUUCGGAAAGCAACUCUGCGCGAUUUCCAAGGAUGCGAAAUACUUCAGUUACCAGAAUCGAUACAUGUAUUGUGUCAAGUGUUUCGAGGAUAUCCCCGGUGAUACAGUGACGAUAUCUGAUGAUCCCAGCGGUGCGAAUCCCUCAUGGCCCAGUCAAACGAUCCCAAAGAACCAAUUUGUUGAAAUGAAAAACGACCAUCUGGAAAAUGAGCCAUUCGUUGACUGUACAGAUUGUGGACGAAAACUUCAUCAAGUUUGUGUUCUCCACUUCGAAGCAAUAUGGCCCGAGGGAUUCACCUGCGAGGGUUGCAUGAAGGCGAAAGGGAUGAAGCGGCGAGAGAACAAGUUCUGCGCCAAACGUCUGCCGACAUGCAAGCUAUCAAAUUUUUUGGAAACCAGAGUUAACAACUAUUUAAAAAAGAAAAACUCGGGUGCAGGAGAAGUGUACAUACGCGUCGUGUCCGUCUCGGACAAGGUGGUGGAAGUUAAGCCUGGCAUGAAAUCACGUUUCGUUGAUACUGGUACCUGGCCAGAGCAAUUUCCAUAUCGUGCCAAGUGCAUGUUCGCUUUCGAAGAUAUCGACGGAGCGGAUACAUGUUUCUUCGGCAUGCAUGUGCAGGAGUACGGAAGCGACGCACGACCUCCGAACACCCGCCGAGUUUAUAUCGCAUAUCUUGACUCGGUGCACUUUUUCAAGCCUAAACAGUACCGAACCGCAGUGUACCACGAGAUCUUGCUGGGUUAUCUCGACUACGCUAAACAAUUGGGAUACGUCAUGGCGCAUAUCUGGGCCUGUCCCCCUAGUGAGGGAGACGACUACAUCUUUCAUUGCCAUCCGGCUGAGCAGAAGAUACCAAAACCGAAGCGGUUGCAAGACUGGUAUAAAAAGAUGCUCGAUAAAGCCAUCAUGGAGCGGAUCGUUAUCGAAUACAAAGACAUCCACAAACAAGCGCUUGAAGACAAUCUCAAGUCUGCUAGCGAGCUCCCUUACUUCGAAGGUGAUUUCUGGCCGAACGUUCUAGAAGAUUCGAUCAAGGAGCUUGAUCAAGAGGAAGAAGAGCGACGCAAGCAGGAGGCUUUAGCUGCUGAUGUUUCUUGUGAGACCGAGGAAGCCGACGGUCCCGACGACCCAGCUAAUCCCGGUAAAAAGAAAGCGCAGAAAAAUCGGAAGAGUAAAAACCAGCAGCGGAAAAACAACAAGAAGAGCAAUUCCGCCCAUGGUGGGAACGAUCUGACCGGCAAAGUGUUCGCUACCAUGGACAAACACAAGGAGAAUUUCUUUACAAUUCGACUUCAUCCGGUUCAAGUGGCCGCAAGUCUGCCGCCGAUAAAUGAUCCGGAUUCUAUGAUGACAUGCGAACUCAUGGACGGCAGAGACGCGUUCUUGACAAUGGCCCGGGAGAAGCACUACGAGUUUUCAUCGUACCGGCGUUGCCGCUAUAGUUCGAUGGCCAUGCUGUAUGAAUUGCACAAUCAAAACAAAGAUGCAUUUGUGUACACUUGCAACAGCUGCAAGGCAAACGUCGAAACGAGGUUCCACUGCACAGUUUGCGACGAUUUCGAUCUCUGCGUACCCUGUCACAACAAGGAAGGUCAUCCUCACAAAAUGGAACGUCUCGGUCUCGACCUCGAUGUCGGUGGAGGUGGAGGAGAUUCCAUUGGCGCGUCCGCGGGCGGAAACCCUCAGGAGAGCCGUCGCCUUUCGAUUCAACGCUGCAUUCAGUCCCUGGUGCACGCGAGCCAGUGUCGCAACGCCAAUUGUCAUCUACCAUCUUGUCAUAAAAUGAAACGCGUCGUAAUGCAUUCGAAAUCAUGCAAGCGCAAAACGAACAAUGGUUGUCCCAUCUGCAAACAACUCAUUGCGCUUUGCGUAUAUCACGCGAAAUACUGUCAAGAGGCGAAGUGUCCUGUGCCCUACUGCAUUAACAUCAAGCAUCGCAUGCGACACCAGCAAAUGCAACAACGAGUUCUCCAAGCUCAAAUCCUCAAUCGUCGUAUUGCGGCUAUGCAGAACCGAGGGAUGACGAGCUCAUCAACAACAAAUUCGAAUGCAUCGAAGGCCUCGACGCCUCUAUCGCAACCAUCUCCCGCUCCGAGUCCCAACAUGGGCCAGCAGAACGUUGGCGGGAACAUUGUCCAACAAGGAGGAAUGUCCCAAGGGAAACCCGGUGCGGGUCCUCCGCCCGGAGUCGUCCAAGCUCUGCAGCAAGUUCAAGCAUCUGUGGCCAGGCAAACUAGCCAAGGAGGUCACAUGAUGCCGAAUUCGUGCCAAUACGGCUCCAACAGCGGGAUGCCUGGAAUGAACCAAGGAGGUGGAAAGCCGAUGGGUGGCGUGGUUCCAAGCCAAGUCCCGGGUCCUCAAAUGGCAGCUCCAAAUCAACAGAUCGGUCCAAUGCAGCAGAGACCCAUGAAUCCGGCAAUGAUGUCUGGUCAACAGCAAAGAUGGGAGCCCCCUCCUGGUUAUCAACAAACCAACCAAAUGCAACAGCAGCAACAGAUGGCUCCCCAAGGAGCACAACUUGGCCAAAUGGGCCAUGGACCUCAACAACAAAUGGGUCAACAGAUGGGGCAGAUAGGUCAACCGCGCGCACCGAGCGCCAUGGGACCUCCACGAGCGCAAAACAUGACACCGGCUCUACAACAACUGAUUCACACCCUUAAAAAACCGCAGACUCCUCAACAGCAUCAGCAGGUGUUAACGAUUCUAAAAUCAAAUCCGGCCCUAAUGGCGGCUUUCAUCAAACGUCAACCUCAGCAACAACCGCAGCAACAACAAUGGGGAGGCUAUCAACGAGCUCAAAUGGCUCCCAGUCAGCAGAUGAUGCAGCAGCAGCAGCAACAACAGCAGCAGCAGCAGCAAAGGUUUGCAGGACCAGGAGCACAAGUCAUGUAUCAACAAAGAGUGGCAGGUCAACAGCAACGGAUGUACCACCAACAAGGACAAUUCCAACAAGGAUACCCAGUUCAAAACCAACAACUAGGGGGAUCCCCCAUGGGUGCCCCCAUCAUAAAUUCCCCACCACCGAAUAUGGUGACUCGGAGUCCUCAACCAAGUCCACGACCAGCACCGUCGCCGCGAGGCGCAUACGUGGGAGCCAUGGGCAACAUGGCCGGUGGAGGCCCCGAUGAUGCAAUGAUGGGACUCGGACACAUGAACCAGGGCGGCCAGGACAUGGGUGGCACUAUGGACGACGCCAUGCAGCAACAACAGCAGCAACAGCAACAACUAAUGUCUCAAGAACAACUUAAUAAGUUUGUCGAAAACCUAUAG